ACAAAGACAUGAAGAUCUGGAUCGAUCUAUAUGGACAAAAUUGUGGCUUUCGUAGUAAAUCUAAUUAUUAUGAUCACAUUUUUAAAUAAAGAAUGGUGUACAAUUGAAGUCUCUGCAGUGAUUUAUUGCUCCUUUGUGGAGAACUAUUAUGCGGACGGAAAUGCAACGAAUAUUCCAGGAACAUUAAGGGAAUGUCAAGACCGAUGUAUCAGUUUCUCAUGGUGUCUAGGUUAUGAUUAUUUUCAACCAAAUUGUCGGCUAUUUAUGAGCUUUGGUAUAAUCAAGUACAGAUGGCCCAGACCAAUUUUUGAAAAAAAUUGUGAAGAUGUAUGCGCAACUGGAAAAGAAUACAAGAAUAAUAAUUGCUCUGAAUGUAACAUUGGUUUCUACAAGGAUGAAAACGCAAACAGUAACUGUACGAAGUGUCCUGAUCAUAAAAUAACAUUGGGACAAGGCUCCAGCUCUAUUACUAAUUGUAACAUCACACAUUGUGAACUAGGAUUCUACUCAAUGGACAACAUUUUCUGCCUUGAUUGCCCGAUUGGUACCUACAAAAACUUUACUGGAAAUCAGCAGUGUUUACAUUGUCCAAAUUAUAGAACUACAACAGAAAAUGGUAGCACUGACAUUACCAAUUGCUCAUUUGCACACUGUGUACCUGGAUUCUAUUUAAUGAAUAACAUUUCCUGCAUUAUUUGCCCCAAUGGAACCUAUAAAAACUUUACUGGAAAUCAGGCAUGUUUAAAGUGUCCGAAGAAUAGAACUACAACUAACGUAGGUGCUAUAGACAUCAGUAAUUGCUCUUAUGCACAUUGUGAACCAGGGUUCUAUUCAAGUGACAACAUUUCCUGCUCUAUUUGCCCUAAUGGAACGUAUAAAGACUUUACUGGGAAUCAACCAUGUUCAAAAUGCCCUAGCGACAAAACUACAACAGAUUUGGGAGCUACUGACAUUAGCAAUUGCUCUUUUGCACACUGUGAACCAGGGUUUUAUUCAGAGGAUAAUAUUUCCUGCUCUGCUUGCACAAAUGGAACAUAUAAACAAUUCACUGGAAGUCAGUCAUGUUUAAAGUGUCCCUUGCAUAAAACAACAUCAGACGUCGGAAGUACGGAAAUAAGUCAUUGUUCUAUUACUAAUUGUGAACCAGGGUUCUAUUCAAGGGACAACAUUUCCUGCUCUAUUUGCCCAAAUGGAACCUAUAAAAACUUUUUUGGAACUCAGCCAUGUUCAAAAUGUCCUAUGAAUAAAACAACAAGAGAAGUUGGGAGUACAGACAUUAGUAAUUGCUCUUUGGAUUGUCCGAAAAUUUGCAUAAAAAAUGAUCCGUGUAAAUAUACAGGAACCAGUACCUGUGUGUGCCUGAGUGGAUAUUACGGAACACAAUGUUCAAAGCGAUGUAGUCCAGGAUGUCUAGAUGAUUCGUGCAACAGACUGGAUGGAACAUGUCCAUGUAAAGAAGGCUACUUCGAUGACAAGUGCUUGAAAACUGGUAAGCAGGCACAUAACAAUCAAUGGAAUAGCCAUUGUAAAGAAAAUUGCUCUGAAGAAAGGAAUUUUAAAUUUGACCUCUGUUACAUCGGCUGGUUUGGUGACUCCUGCCUAUACAAAGAUCUGGGUGUGGAUGCCAUUAUGGACGAUAAAGUUCUGAAUGACAAUAAUGACAGCACCUGUGUGAAACGGAACAAUGUUACAAUAAAUUGGCAGCUAGAGAUACAAGCUAUCACAUGGAUCAGACUGGUCUUCACCAGUAAUGAUGAUGUAAGGGAGAUAACCGCAUUUUAUUUCAACAACAACAACGACACGAAUGCCAGUCUUGUCUGUAAUUCUGUUGACAUGAGGUAUCGCAAGGUCGGAAACACAUCAAUGGAUUUCCAUUGCGACGGCUCCUACUUCGUCAGUACAGUACAAAUAUCUUGGCAAAGUGAAAGCCUUCUUUGCUCUGUCCAUGUUAAUGGAGGACGAAAUGUUGCAUCUACAGCCAGGAAAGUGAGAUGGAGUCUCUCUGAAUACAAAUGGAUCAACAUUGAGACACUGACAGAUGGUUACUAUGGUCGAGAUGGCUGUUUGACAAUGAACUCUGGUAUAACACUUGAACUUCUUUUAUGGCAUGAGGUCUACUCAGCUCAAGUUUUACUUUACACAGACUUUUCAAGAGACGACGGACGAGGACUCUACUCUGUGGAGCUCAUUGACGCCUAUGAAAAGGUUCAGUCCAAGAUGUUUUCCAGUGGGAAAGAUGUCUUUGUUCAGACAGCGUUUUUUAACAGUUUCUUUGUUUUUAGAUCUGUUAAUAUAAGAGUAUUGAGUGGGAAAUUGGAUAUUUGUGAACUGGAAAUUUACGGAGAUUGUAUCUCUCCAUAUUACGGCUACUCUUGUCUAGAUAUAUGCUAUCUAGCAUGUCUACACCAGGACUGUACCUAUAGUGGUGAAUGCUAUGAAUGUACUCCUGGUCGCACCGGUACUUACUGUGAAGACAGUUUAUACAACUCUACUGACUUCGUAACUGAAGCAGCCAGACAGUCGUCCACUGAGGCACGUUUUAGUGUCGCGAAAGUAAAAUCUGUUAUAAAUAAAUAUGCCGUGACGUUAAUAGUUUGUGUCCUUACAAUUUUGACUAUCUUUAUUGGGAAAAAAUGUCUCUCUUCUCUAUCUGACCAAGUGGUUAGUGAGGAAGAGGAAUAA